AUGCACUAUGCUAUGCCUUCGCAAUAUGCUAGAUAUAAUAUCGAGCCAAAGUCUGAGCCAGCGCCGUCACCGAUGUUGCGUCAUAAUUUUGAGGAUCCCAAUUUCGCGCCCAGCGGCCCGCACUCGCUUUCACACUCUGCAGCUCCGGAUCAGAAUUUUCACAACCCUGACAGUAUUCGUGCAUUUCUGAUAGAUAUCGGGCAUACCAGCAAUCACGCCUUUGAUUUUGAUCACCCCUCAAUUCCACGGAUGCUGCCCCAGGACUUACAGCAUGAUCUAGCCCUUUCCUUCCCAGCCCCGGUGUACAUCAAACCUGUAAGCAUGAGCAGCGUGUGUCCUACGAUGCAUGUAUUUCCUUCAACAUCACAGCUCUCGGACUCGUUGCAGCUUCCACUUGGUAUCAUUAUAAGUCCGUUCGCGGAUCCGAACGUGGCGGAGGUGGACUUCUCUGAGGUAGGUAAUCGUGUGAUCCGCUGUCGCAAAUGUAGCGCGUAUAUCAACCCCUUCACCACAUUCUGCGACCGUGGCUCUCGCUGGCAGUGCAUCCUAUGCCGCCACCUCAACGAAACACCGAAACCCUACAUGAGCGACCUGAACUCCGCUGGCCUGCGGGAGGAUCUCAUGAACCGCCCAGAGCUCACCAACGCCUCAGUAGACAUCAUUGUGACACCGGAGUUUUUGCGCAGCCCACCACACCGCCCGAUUCAGUUGCUGAUGCUUGACUGCUCCUACCAGGCGGUUUCCUCGGGGCUCUUGACCGCCAUGUGCCAGGGUGCGCUGCGAGCCCUGGAGGCCAUGAAGGACGACGAGGUAAUGCACAUGGGUAUUGUUGGCUUUGAUACAACCGUAUACUUCUUUGACAUCCGCGCUAGCCUCAGUAUGCCGUGUAUGAUGGUGGCACCUGACACUGUUAAUGAUAUCGCUAACAUAGACGACAAAUUCAAGAUAGAACCAGUGGAACUACCCUGCUCGAUAAACUCUCUUGUCGUGCCCAUCAAAGAGUCAUACCGCAUGCUGCGAGAGGUACUUGAGAAGCUGCCUGGUAUGUUCGCAAAUACCGAGGAAGUAGGCUGUGCCUUUGGUCCUGCCCUUAGCGCCGCCGUCACAAUGCUUGAAAACAAUGGUGGGAAAAUAUUCACGAGUAUUUCCUCCAUCCCUUCUAUCGGUGAGGGCAAACUCAAACACCGCUUCAAUGUCGAAAAACUUUCCAAGCAGCCAAAGGAGUACACUAUGCUCACCCCUGCCAACGACUGGUAUAAGGAACGAGCCCUUGCCUGCUCCUCGAGUGCUAUCUCCAUCGACAUCGUAGCCCUAGAUAAUGGAUGUGGUGGUGACCUUGACCUUGCUACCAUUGCUCCGCUCGUUCGUUUUACUUCCGGUCAUCUAUAUCGUGCUACUACGCUAAAUAUGCGUGGGGUAGCAGCGCAGGUUGAACGCAUGUUGAUGCGCUUUAUUGCAUUCGAUUCGGUACUACGUAUUCGAACUUCUAACGGGAUGGUCAUACCGAACUUCUACGGACACUGCCAUGUGCGGGAGCCAGAUCUGCUUUCCCUGCCUGUCAGCGAUGAGGAUGCGUCCUAUACAACGGAAUUCACCAUCGGAAAGAAGAUAAAUGAAGCGUUCGUAUACGUUCAGUUCGCAGUGAUGUACACGACACGGUCUCGUGAAAGGCGAAUUCGUGUUCACACUGUGCAGCUACCCGUGUCCUCGUCGAUGCGUCAAGUCAUCAAUUCUGUUAACUCCAUCGGCACCGCCCUCUUCUUUACGAAAAUAUGUGUUGAUGCGUGCACCAGUAGGCCUUUUGAACAAGCUCACAAGCUUAUCACCGACCGCCUCUUUACGGCCCUCUCGUGCGCACAAAAGGAGUUAGAAAAAGAAGGCCGGCGAGCCAACACCAGACAAAUGCUCAUGCCAGACAGUAUGAAGUUCAUCCCACAGAUUCUCAACGGGUUCUUUCGCUCCUACGCAACGGGUUCCCCUAGUGCGGGUGCAAUCUACCCUGAUGCACGCGUUACCGCUAUCGCGGCCGUGAUGUCCUCACGUCCGGAAUCGAUGAUCCCUGGCUAUCUGUGCUGGUCCUACCAGAUCUACUCUCCGCACACUCCUAUCGAGAUGGGGCCGGCUCCUAUCUUCUCCAGUAAACAUUAUCUUUCCUCCUACAGUAUAACCCUUACGGUGUUAGAUGAUAUGAUUGUAAUGUGGUAUGGUAAGAAAGCGAACCCUAUCGUACUGCGAGCCUUUGGACUCGGAGCGGUGGAUUCGGAUCGGGAGCUGGAGCCCAACGAUCAGGUUCUGUUGCCAGAAGAUAUCCAAGGUCUGCGCAAACGUACGGAGGACCUACUAAACUACCUCCAGACCAUCCAAGCACCAAGCUUCAAAGCGCAGUGUGAAGCAUGUCCACAAGGUAGAGGCGAUAUUGAAUCUAGUCUAAUCAGAGGGAUGGUGGAAGAUAGCUCCCAGACUCUGAUUUCAUACAAGACUUACCUUACUGAGUUGUGGAAACGUCUCUCGGUUUAA